GAAUGAUGCAGCUGGGUAGAGGGGAAAGGUUAUGGUAGGGAGGGAAAACUUGCUUGGCAACGAGGCCAUGGUGUGAUGUCAUGCAGCUGCGUGCUGUGGGUGAUGUCACCCUGGUACAGGGGAGCCCCAGGUGAUUAUGUGACGUCAUCAGCCUGUGUAGUGAUAUCAGGCUAGUGGAGGUGUUAGGGACCACAUGGGCCCCCUGGAGGGUGACAAGACUGAGGCCCAUACCCACUUCAAGGUGGCCAGGUUCAUCAUGGAGGCGGGGGUGAAGCUGGGGCUGCGCUCAGUGCCACUGGCCACAGCUUGUACCCUCUACCACCGGUGGACAGUGGCUGGUGGGGGUGGGACUGACCCCUACCUGGUCGCCAUGACAGCACUCUACCUGGCUGGGAAGGUGGAGGAGCAGCACCUGCGCAGUCGUGAUGUCCUCAACGUCUGUCACCGGUACCUGCACCCCAGUAGCCCUCCCCUGGAUCUGGAUGCCCAGUUCUGGGAGCUGCGUGACAGCCUGGCUCAGUGCGAGCUGCUGCUGCUACGAUGCCUCUGCUUCCGUGUCUCCUUCCAACACCCACACAAGUACCUGCUACAUUACUUGCUGUCUCUGCAACCGUGGCUGAACCGACACGCAUGGGGCAGAGCACAUGUGACACGGGCUGCCUGGGCUCUGCUGCGGGACAGCUACCAUGGGCCCUUGGGGCUGCAACACCCACCCCAGCACCUGGCGGCUGCCAUCCUAGCCCUGGCUUUGGCCUGCUACGGCCUUGUGCCCCCCUGCACUCCCACUCCCUGGUGGCAGGUACUGAGCGAGGACCUGGAGGAGGCUGACCUGGCACGGAUCGUGGGGGAGUUGCUGCAGCUCUACGCCCUUGACGCUGACCUCACCUGACCCCUCCCAGGAUCUGGGCCUAGGUGGCAGCAUCCUCUACUGGAACCUGGUGCCCCCAAUAAACCCACCUGGAAUCUA